AUGCCAGUUAAAGAAUAUAAAAUUGCAGUAUUUGGAGGCUCCAAUUCAGGAGUCACAGGAACUGUUUUAAGAUUUGAGGAGUCCCUUGUUAAUUAUGAACCAAUAAUUGAAGGUUCUAAUAAAAAAUUAUUAGACUUAGAUGGUGAACAAUAUGUCCUUGAGAUUUUACAUACUGCUGGUACUGAACAAUUUACUGCUAUGAGAGAUUUAUAUAUGAAAAUUGCAAAUGGAUUUGUUCUUGUUUAUUCAAUCACUGAACGGUCAACAUACAAUUCUCUUGAUACAAUUUAUAAUCAAAUUGUUAAAAUUAGAGAUACAAAGGAUGUACCAAUAAUUGUUGUUGGUAAUAAGUGUGAUCUUGAAAGCCAAAGAGCUGUAUCACAAGAUGAUGGAAAAGCUCUUGCAGACAAAUAUGGAGCUGAUUUUCUUGAAGUUUCUGUUAAGUAUCAAAUUAGAAUUUCUGAUAUUCUUACUACUCUCAUUAAAAGAAUUAAUUCUAGUAAUGAUAGUAAAAAACCUGAUCAUGGCCCUGACCAUCGCUCUCAUUGCUCUCUUGUCUAA